AUGAAUACUACUGCACCUCCCCCAGACAAUGGACAAUAUCCUCCAUCUCAACAAAGACCAUUUUUUUAUGCACAGCCAACAGCACAACUACCUUUCCCAAAUCCUUGGUACCUGGGCCAGCUGUAUAAUCCAUACUGUGUUCCUGGACCAGGUUUCAGAGGAGGAAAUCCCUAUUUUCCUUUCUAUUCUGUUGCACUCCAUGAGUACCCUGGAUACUAUGUUCCCCCACAUCAAAUGAAUACUAGAAUGAACAGAAGACCUCAUUUUAAUCCCCAUCCACCUUCACCUAUGUUUUACCAUGCUACACGGCUCAGGCACUUUAGCAGUCCUGGGAGAAGAACUGAAACAAAAGAAACCCAGACUGACCUAAGGCAACCAGAAUACAUGCCCACAAAGCACCUUGGUACAGAGAGUAAAGGCUGUGAUGGAGGAAAUGGGGAAUGCCAUUCUUCUGGCAUAAGCUGCCCAGAGAAUGAAAGUAACUUGGAGACUGUAGACCUGUCAAUGUCACCUGCAACAGCAAUGCAGGAAAGGGAUUUUCAUAAAAAUGCGUGCAACACAUCCCAAUACCGAAACAUGCCUCCAGGAAGCUAUGCAUAUGAGAAAGAGGAGGUAAGAAUAGAGUAUGGUAGUGGUUCCCCUGCUGCCAUACAGAUGUGGAAAUCGUAUAAAGAAACUAUACCGAUAUAUGAUGUGGCAGUAGUUAAAGAAAUACCAGACAGUGUAGUGCAGCGUGAUCUUUAUUGUGAGGGGGUGUUGUAUGGUCCACGUGCAGAAGGAGAGGAGCUUGCAGUGCAAAGUGUUGCCUUCUCCAAUAAAGAUGAGUGUAAAACUUCCCUUCCCCCAAAUCUCUGUCUUGAUGCUGUACAGGAAACUGAAACCCAGACCACCAAUGCGCAAACCAGAGAGUCCAAGAUUGAAGCAAACAAACUAAGCAAACAAAAUCACAAAUCAAAAUCUUCAGAAGGAGACCCUCCAUCUGUACUCUUGGAACAUAUGAACCCAAACUAUGGUGACCCAAAAAACGGGGCUCAAGAAGACAAAGGAAAUGGCAGCACUGAUGCAAAAAGCAAUAGAGAACAUUUAAAACCAAAGAUGGGGUCUGAAAGUAAAACUCAGAGUCAAUCUGGAUGUGAUGGAGAGUUAAAGUUAGAUGGUAAAAGUAAUAUGUGGACAGAGGACACCCUGGAGAAAAUUGUACCUCCAUCUUGGCUUUCCUGUUUUGACAAUAUAGAAACAAACUACGACUAUGAUCUUUAUAUGUCUCAAAGGAAGCAAAAACGUCCAAGUAUCCUGAGUAUAACUUCAGAGGAACUCUCUUCAAGGGAUGAAGGGUCCUCGUUGGAUAACAGUUCUGUAGCAUACUUGGUACCUGGCUAUAUGCUUGGUAAGGGUUUGUAUGCGUCUCGAAAAAGUGCAGAAUCCACAGAGAGAGAGAAAAUUAAAAGUGGUGGCUCGCUGAAGGAAGAUGAAAUAAUCGUAAGGCAGGCCAGAAACCAAUAUGACCACGACAAAGGCGUUCCUGCAGUAAAAGGCAAAAGUGUGUCACGGAGGGCUCGGAAAAUUGGAGUUCCUGUGAGAGGAUUGAGCAAAAGGAAGACUUUUUCCGUAAAGAAGAAGUUGAGGAAAAGCCAGUCAUUGUCUGAACCGGAGGAUUCGGAAGAAUACUGGGUAAUGGAGGAAGAAAACUUGCAAAAUUGUGAAGAAGAGACUGAAGAAAGUGAUGAAGAUGAAUAUUACUUUCAAGGAAAUAUACCACUUGGGCAGCUAGACCUUGGCAAAGGUAGUUUCUUUAAGCAGAUAGCUCAGAAACGAAUACUCUGGAAACCCCCAAAAGGCACAAUUCCAGCCCAGCUUAUUAGUUGGCCUGUCAGAGAGAAGUUGAAAGUGAAGAAAAGGGAUCCUUAUGAGGCACUGGGACAGGUCCACCAACUAAAAGGGCAUGAUAUUGGUGACUAUGCCAGCUAUGAAAAGAAACCAGUCGCAAAGCUAGAGAGAGGCUACAAAGAGAUGUCUGAACAGAAGAGAUCUCUACAGAAGUCGCUGGGUGGAAAACAACAAAAGAGAACCACUGGGGGAACUGUUGAAGAGUACUGGGUUGGAAGAGGUGCUAAACCCAAAUUCCCCGAACCUGCAUAUUAUUUGCAAGAUCCAGCCAAAAUCAAAGAGCAAGGCAAGCCUCCAAAAAAGAAGGGAGCGUGCAAGUCUUCUAAAAGAAAACAAAAUAGAACUGAUACAGAAGAAAUAGAAGCAUGGGAGGUUCCCAGAUCACUCUUGUACAAAGGCUAUGGCUUAAGGAAAGGAGGCACCAAGAAAAAAUAGAGCAGCUGCUAAUUAAAUGUAAAAAAAAAAAUGUAUUUAUUUCUUAAAUUUUGUGUGUGAUUUAAAUAUUUUUUCCAAGAAGCAUUUUACUCCUGACAAGGAGUCCUACUUACCCACUAACUUUUUUGAAAACCUGUGGUUUACUUUGUGCACCAGAAGGGAAAUAGAGGCAAAACGUACAGGCACUAUGAAGUUACUCAACUGAAUAAAGAGACUAAUAUGUGAAAGCUGAAGAAAAUGAGAUUUUUGAACUGGCACACAAUAUAAAAAAAACACUAAUUGUAUAUAGCACAAAUUGCACAAAAUCAGCAUUAAAUAAAGGU